AUGAAGGCCCUUAUUCUCGCUGCCUUCUUAGGUGCAAUCCUGAGCGUUGUAGCCCAGGAUAGCUCCGGAUAUGGCAAAGUGACUAAUGGCGGCGACCUCGAAGAUGCUAUUCUGGCUACUUUCGAUCUUGUUAGUACUGCCCAGGACGAGAAAUCUGGCACUACUACUCGUACCGUCACCGUUGUCAACACCCUGACUGUUACUCCUGCAAUCAUCUUACCGACCUUCACAAUCCAAGGUAACCUGUCGAGCAGCACUAGCUCUAUACAUGCCAGCACUAUCAGUCCUCCAUACCCGUAUCGUAACUCAACUACUGCGACCUCGGCAAAGAAGCCGUCUCCUACAUUGGACCCCUCGACUAUUGCGAUCUCGGCAAAGAAGCCAUCUCCUACAUUGGACCUGCCAGGAGACAACACCGCCUCAGCUGUCAUCCCUACUGGUGCGAAGGGUGUUCCGACUGACUACACGACUGAAGUUUCAACUGUAUAUACUCAUGUUUGCACUACGCUCGUGUCCGACAUUCCAUCUUCAAUUCCAUCGUCAAUCGCAUCUAGUGCUAGCACAACCAUCAUCUGUACUAGCACUCGUACCAACACCCAUACCCUCACAGUCUCUACGCUGCACACUAUUACCCUGGCGACAGAGUCUAAGGCUAGCUGUGGUUGCCCACCAGUCACUGUGACCGUCACCGCACCUUACACUCCUGUCCCCGUUCAGCCUUCCACCCAGACUACAUCGGUACCUGUGGAUUCCAUCACCAAGACUGGCUAUGACGGCUCCUCCGUCUCUCUGCCAGGCUUCAUUGGUGUCACCGUCUCUCACUCUUCGGUACCUCAUGGUACCCCAUGCGCACCCUUGCCCGCAGCCAGCAGCACCGUCGACACUUCUUUGACUACCUCCCAGAGCUUGGUAGUCAUCCCCCUCAGCAAGACCACUGGUGGGGCUGCAACCUCGACAUCUAUCCAGACCUCUACUGGCGGGGCAGUUGUAUAUGAUGUUAAGCUCCUUUUGCUGGCUGGAUUGCUGGCACUUGUUCCUUUCAUCUAA